UGGGAGAGGAAGACCAAAGUACAUACUGUAUAUACAAUAUAUUGCCAAAAGUGUUGGGACACCCCUCCAAAUCAUUGGAUUCAGGUGUUCCAAUCACAUCCAUGGUCACAAGUGUAUGAAAUCAAGCACCUAGGCAUGCAGACUACUUCUACAAACAUUUGUGAAAGAAUGGGUUGCUCUCAGGAGCUCAGUGAAGUCAAGCGUGGUACCGUGAUAGUUUGCAACCUGUGCAAUAAGACAAUUCGUGAAAUUUCCUUCCUACUAAAUAUUCCACAGUCAACUGUUAGUGGUAUUAUAACAAAGUGGAAGCAACUGGGAACAACAACAAUUCAGCCACAAAGUGGUAGGCCACAUAAAAUGACAGAGCAAGGUCAGAGCAUGCUGAAGUGCGCAGAGUCGCAAACUGUCUGCAGAGUCAAUAGCUAAGGACCUCCAAACUUCAUUUGGCCUUCAGAUUAGUACAACAACAGUGUGUAGAGAGCUUCAUGGAAUGGUUUCCAUGGCCGAGCAGCUGCAUCCAA